AUGAGACAAGACCAGCCUACUGCAUUUGUCAACAGCUUCUGGGGCAAGAACGAUAUGGGAUUCCUCGCUAUUCAAACCAGAAUGAGAGACUCUAUCCAGACACUUCAGGAACUUCUCGACUACUAUCAAGAAAGAAUGAACAUUGAAAAAGACUAUUCCAAACGUCUAGACAAGUUGAAUCUGAAAUACAUAGUUGGAACACGAGAAACUGGUGCUCUCAAAAAAUCUCUCGAUAAACUAAUGGUCGAGAACAAGCAUAUGGUGCAAAACAACGAAAAGUUCGUAAAAUCUAUCAACCAUAUAAACUACGAUAAGAUCAACGAUUUCUAUCGUAUCUACACCAAGAAAGUCAACCGAAUCGAGUCACAUAUGUCGAAACUCAUAGCACGUAAAAAUGAUGCCUUCAAAUCGUUAGAGAUAACCAAAGCAAAAUACCAACAUGACUGUAGCCAAAUGAAAUCACUCAGAUUGUCUAUGCAAACUACUUGGGGUAAGGAGUUGGAAAAGCACGAGGCUAAGUAUAAUAAACUCAAUUCGACCAUCUCAGCAUCGAGAAACAACUACCAGCUAGCAUUGACAAAUUACAGAGAGCUCAACGAUUUCUACAAGAAAGACUGGGCCAUCUCCCUCCAGGAUUUAUACAAAUUGGAAAUCGAAAGAAUCCAAACCUGCAAGGUCAACUGCUUUAAUUUCUGCAACAAUAUUGCCACUUUAUGUGUUGAUAACGAUCAGGCUCUUGAUUUGGCAAGAUCAGUGUUUGCCCAAAUACAACCACCAAAAGAUUUAUCGGAGUUCAGCUUGGCUUAUGGAACGGGAAACAAGAUUUAUAACGAACCUAAGUUUGUAGAUUUCAUGUCCGGACAAAAUGAGUCACAAGAUAAAGAAGAUUAUACUAUAGCCAACGGCCAAGAUCCGGAGCCUGCUCCAAUAUUAUCAAGAUCAUAUUCCACAUACUCACAAAUGACUACUCAGGUUGCAAACGCAGCUAAUAAACUUGUUCCAAAUCUCCCUCCACCAGGCUCCCAAAACGUAUCAAGACCAAAUACGCCUUCUCCUACAAGAAAAGCACCUACUGAUUUAGCCCCAAUAGACUUGAGACACACUAAGACCAAAAAGUCGGAAAGCUCAGGAUACAGCUCAAUUCCUGAUGAUAACAAGAAUGAUGUGUUCUCGAUAAAUGAAGACAAAGCCAAAUUUGGUAACAGUAAUGGUUCCGCAAACUCUAACUACUCGAGUCCAACAAACUAUUCCAGCUCAAACUAUUCCACGGGAUCAGGAAAUGGCGGAAAGAGAAACUGGGCUUCUCCCAGAAGGACCGAGAAGCAAUUGUCUCAGUUCCAAGAGCAGAUUAACAGAAAAUCCAAGGAACUUCCAUCUUUGAAUACCAACAAACCAAGAUUGGAAAGUGAAGCUACGCCAGUUCCUAUCAUGAAAGACUUCUCUAUUGAUUUCAUUGCCAAGGCAUUGGAAGAUUUGAACUCGGGAGGAAAUGGUGAUGUCAAUCAAUUCAGAAGAUCGGUUAGAAGGUCCCAACGUUCUGAAGCAAACGUAAUCGAAGAACAAGUCAAUAGAACAGGAACUGAACCUAAUGGCCAAUACAGAUCUGCUUCCGACUAUGUUGAUGAUCAUGACGAAGUUGCCAUUAGAUAUGGAUCUAUUAAUUUCUCGUCGCCAGCACCCAGAUCAAAAUUUUCAGAAAAACUUCACCAACAGAGACCCAAGUCAAUGAUCGCACCCUUAACUACUUCAUCAAACGAACAAAUAUUGGGUUUGGACUCAGAGCUGAUGAAAACAGUUGUCGAUAUCAGCAAUAAUAGUAGGAAGAGACAUUCCUUGCUGAGCAUGCCCAGUAAAUCAUAUACCAACCAGGGCCAGGCCAUAACCCCUGUCACAAAAAGUGCUUUUGUGACAAAGGCAAGAGCCAGAUACUCAUACAAGCCUCAACAACAUGGGGAAUUGUUCUUCAAGAAGGGCUGGAACAUGUACGUGAUCCACAAACAGGAGGACAACUGGUACUUAUGCGAGUUGGCUAGCAACUGUCUCGAUCGAGAAGGGGUAGUCGGCUUAGUACCAGGCAACUACUUGGUAGAAGGCAUGAAUGUUUUUUAG